AUGUUCCCAAGUGGAGGUGCCACCGUUACGGAUUUUCGGGGGACAGGGAUGAAGGAAGGCAUCUGCUCGCCUCCCGGGAUCGACUCCCUCCAGCUAGCCCAUCACCCAGGCCAGAUUAGGUGCUUAACUGUCUACAGCCCUGAUCUCCCAACUCCAGAACGCAAGCAGUGCUCAGACCCCUUCUGGUCCCUUGUUGGGGAGAUCCAGAGCUACCCUCUCCCGCCCCCGCAGCAGGUGCCUCCUGCCGAGCGAAGUUUCCCAAAGUCCCGCCUCCCUUCAACCCACCCCACUUUGGCUCCCACGUCCUUCUUUACUGCAUUGCUUGUUCCUCCUAGUCUCUGUGGAAACACGGCUUACCUGGAGCUCCUUUCUCUCUCUCUGGGAGACCCCGACACCCGCAAAAUCUCAGAGGGGAAGCCCAAGUUUGGGGGCAGGGAGGCGGGGGUCCUCAUCACCGAACAGUUGACCUCGAGCGGUGUGAAGAGAGUUCAAGGCAGAGUCCACACCCAGGGGGCUCUCUCUAGCCGGACAAUCAGCUCCCUCCUCUCCUCCUCCCUGCCCUCCCACCCACCCACUCAUCUGCCCACCCACCCACCCACUCAUCCACCCAGGACAGCAGCCCAUGAGCUGGGGCCCCGCUACUGCUGCCUCCGCCUCCUUCCCGCCGCGACCCUGGACUUCCUACUGCCGCCGGAGCCGGCUUCCACGUGUGCCCCGGAGCCGGCGUCUCCCCGUGCGCUCCGCUCUGGGCCUUGGUGCCUGCAACAGGCCGAGCAGUCGGGAGCGCGGGGCCCAGGUGGCACCUGGAGCAAGUUCGCUUCGGUCGGGCAGGGAGGCGAGCGCCUUCAGGGGCGGCGGAGCCGGGGGCCGGCCAGCGGGGAACAGCCCAUGGGCUCCGACGUGCGGGAUCUGAACGCGCUGCUGCCCGCUGUCCCCUCUCUGGGUGGCGGCGGCGGCUGCGCCCUGCCCGUGAGCGGCGCAGCUCAGUGGGCUCCAGUGCUGGACUUUGCGCCCCCGGGAGCCUCAGCCUAUGGCUCCCUGAGCGCCCCUGCGCCCCCGCCUGCCCCGCCACCGCCUCCGCCGCCUCACUCCUUUAUCAAGCAGGAGCCGAGCUGGGGCGGCGCCGAGCCGCACGAGGAGCAAUGCCUGAGCGCCUUCACAGUCCAUUUCUCAGGCCAGUUUACCGGUACAGCAGGAGCCUGUCGCUAUGGCCCCUUCGGGCCGCCUCCGCCCAGCCAGCCGCCCUCCGGCCAGGCCAGGAUGUUUCCCAACGCUCCCUACCUGCCCAGCUGCCUAGAAAGCCAGCCGACCAUCCGUAACCAGGGAUACAGCACUGUCACUUUUGAUGGAACACCCAGCUAUGGACACACACCCUCUCACCAUGCAGCGCAGUUUCCCAAUCACUCCUUCAAACACGAGGACCCUAUUGGUCAGCAGGGCUCUCUAGGCGAGCAGCAGUACUCUGUGCCUCCUCCGGUCUAUGGAUGCCACACGCCCACCGACAGCUGCACCGGCAGCCAGGCCCUGCUGCUCCGGACUCCCUACAACAGUGACAAUCUGUACCAAAUGACCUCGCAGCUAGAAUGCAUGACCUGGAACCAGAUGAACCUAGGGGCUACACUGAAGGGACCUGCUGCUGGCAACUCCAGCUCAUUGAAAUGGACAGAAGGGCAAAGCAACCACACUACAGGAUACGAGAACGAUAAUCACACCACGCCAAUCCUCUGUGGGGCCCAGUAUAGAAUACAUACUCACGGUGUCUUUAGAGGAAUUCAAGAUGUCCGGCGAGUGCCUGGGGUAGCCCCUACCAUCGUGAGAUCGGCCACGGAGACCAAUGAGAAACGCCCAUUCAUGUGCGCCUAUCCAGGCUGCAACAAGAGAUACUUCAAGCUGUCCCACUUACAGAUGCAUAGCAGAAAACAUACUGGGGAGAAGCCCUAUCAGUGUGACUUCAAGGACUGUGAACGGCGAUUCUCUCGAUCGGACCAACUCAAAAGACACCAAAGGAGACACACAGGUGUGAAACCAUUCCAGUGUAAAACCUGUCAGAGAAAGUUCUCCCGGUCCGACCACCUAAAGACUCACACCAGGACUCAUACAGGUGAAAAGCCCUUCAGCUGCCGGUGGCCCAGCUGUCAGAAAAAAUUUGCCCGUUCAGACGAGUUAGUACGUCACCACAACAUGCACCAAAGGAACAUGACGAAGCUUCAGCUGACACUGUAAGGGCUCGAGUUCAAGGAUGCGUCUAUGUUCCAGGCAGGACACUCUAUGAACCACUAUGGAAUUGGGCUUUUAAACUCAUCCCCGGCCACCUUUAUGAUAAGGAAACCACAACCAACCAUGAAGACGAGUUACCUGUUGGAGCCAGUUCCAGAUUUUUCAGGCAGCAGGGUGGCCGCCAUUUCCCCAUCUCUUCAUUUAUUCUCCAGGGCUCAAUGUCCCACUUUUAGUAAGACCUGUAUUGUCUCUCACCUGGGAUUCUCACUGUGAAAGAGAGUUGCCGUUGGUAGGUCUCCUUCCCCACCCCCUUCUCUAAAGUCCCAAGGGAACCCCGAGCUUCUUUCUCUUGGGAUGGAUUCAUGACAUUAUUUUCCGUUGUGGAAUAUUUAUAGGCUGGGGCAUGUCUAUGUGUCUGCUAAUGUAAACUUUGUCACGGUUUCCAUUUACUAACAGCAAGACAUAAAUCAGAAAACCAGGGCAUUUAGGGGGGUGGGGGGUGGGUUUCUCACACUGCCCUCCCUCGGGUCAGACAAGAUUCUAACCUGGAUGGCAGGAAUAUCUCUUCCACCAGUUGACUUCAAGAGAAAAACAAACCCAUGUUUAUAAAGCAGCUAAACAAGAAAUCAGAACUAAUCCAUACCUCUACACUGAAUCCAUAAGAAUCUUAUCAGUACGUUAACUUGUUUGUAAUACUGUCACAGUCAUCUGAAGAAACCGUUCUAUGGAGCUGAAAUUUUGUUAUUAUUAUUGUCUUUAUUUUGAUAUGAAUCGCAGCUUAUUUUUAGAGAUGUUCGCAUCUCCUCACAUUAGAGAAACAGAAAAUUGUUCUAAUCAUUUGGGACUUUAUUGUUAUGGUGAGACCACACUGGUUAUGUGGCUUCAAAGUUGUAAAAAUUCAGAUGGAACUGAGAGAAAAAGGGGGCUGGUCCAGGAUCUCCAUUGAGAAAUUGUUCCUUAGUAACUUAAAAGACUCUGGGUCUGCAAGAAUGUGGGGGGAGGGGGGAAGAAAGAGACUUAUCAGUGUGAGAAAAUAUAUUGUUUUGGGGGGAGGGUCUUUUUUGUUCUAUUUUGAGGGAGGGAGUUUAUUAUUAACUGUGGCUUGAAAUGAUUGUGUAAAUAUCUAUCUGAUAAUGCAUUGCUCUUAGCCAAUUAAAAUUAGAAAGUGUAUAAAUAUUAGAUGCCUCACUGUUCAGAUGUUACUGUUUUAACAUAUUGAUGAUGAUAAUGAUGACGAUGAUAACACUUAAGAAUGUAAUCUGCAUUUUUCACCUUCAAUUUCAAUUAAAACCCAUUCAAAAAGGAAA